AUGGUAUCGAUUUUUUGGCUAUUUCUAGGCGCUCUUUUGAUCCUUUGGUCACUUCAGGCGCGAUCUCCAAAUGCUGAACUUGGCAUGGCCUCGACAGAUGCGUCUGAUCAGAAUGGCUCGGAAAACCAAGAGACGUGGAAUCCUAUCGUCAUUUGCAGGAUUGCUGACUCUGAAGACAUCUACGAUCUAAAGUGGUCCCCUUGCGGCAGUUUUAUCAUCCUGGCCCUGACCAACAACAAUACCGUAAUUUGGUGCUACUCUACAGGUAAUGCACACGCUUGCUAUCCGUUAGGAAAAAUAACAAGGAUACUUCGCGAUCAUUCUCAUUUUGUGCAAGGCAUUAGCUUAGAUCCGCUUGGAUUUCUUUUUGCAACCCAAAGCAGCGACAGGUACCGGAUGUUUCUCGUAAUUUUGAGAUCCGUAAAGGUUUAUUCCUAUGAAAAUCAUAAGAAAUUCUCAACCAAAUGCAUACACAUUCUAUCUCGUGUGCCCUCUAAUCAAUGCGCCGAAGUUUCAGGCAAACCCACUUAUGCAAAACUGUUCAACGAUGAAACGUUGGUCACAUUUUUCCGAAGGCUUUCGUUUAGCCCAGAUGGGUCUAUUUUGGCCACCCCAUGCGGCAUCAUUGCAGAUGCGACGUCUCCCUUUGCUAGGCGGCAACACUUGUGUCUAUUUUUGUACUCCCGCGCUAGUUUAUUAACCACUGCUCAGGCUAUGCCUUCUAUUGUUCUGGGGCCAUUUGAUAAGGCGCCGGUUGUUGUUCGAUUCCAUCCAAGUUUGUUUCAGCUGAUCGGCGGAACGUCGUUGAUAUCUCUACCAUAUGCAAUGGUAUUUGCAGUUGGAACGCAAGAUUCCGUUAUUAUAUACCGCACCGAUCGGGCUUCUCCGUUGGUUGUGUUGAAUGGCAUGCAUUUUGCCGCGAUCACCGAUCUUUGCUGGACCAAGAUAUGCAAAGAUGACUCCAUUGUUCUCGUUAUUUCAUCGACGGAUGGGUUUUGCUCAUCCAUUGUUUUUGAGAACAAUGAACUUGGAACGAUAUACGCUGGCCAAGUCGAGGAAACCAUUGUAGAGCCAGAGGAAACCAUUGUAGAGCCAGAGGAAACCAUUGUAGAGCCAAAGGAAACCAUUGUACAAUCAGCCCCUUGUAUAUCUUCCAAAGACGUUGUAAGAGCACUUUCUUCAAGCAUUUCCAAAAGGUCUUUGGAGGCUGAAAUACAAAGCUUUGUGUGCUGA